AUGGCCAAUGAAACAAGCUUUCCUAUUUUAUUAUCAGUAUUAUUCGUUCUCUGUUGCAUUCAGCAAGGUAAACAUUAUUUUUCAAAUUUAAUCGUUUGACUUUCUAUUUUAACCUCAAAAUAGUCAUGAAACAUAAACCAUAAAACAAAUAACUUUACACAAUUUCUUCGCAUUAUCAAAACAACAGUCGUGUAAAAUAUUCGUUGCUUCAAUGUAUUAUGCAAAUGCGUAUAGUAUAAAUAAACAGUAUUUGAUUAUGUGCAAGAAACACCGAAUAAUUUUCCCUCUGUAAACAGAUAACAAUAAUCUCUGCUGUAUGUUUUUGCAGGAUUAUCUAUCAAGUGCUGGGUUUGCAGGUCUGAUUCUGAUCCAAAAUGUGCAGAUCCAUUUGAUAAUACCACUGUACCGAUAACUGACUGUAAACAAGAACCUGACUUAGAACAUUUGCCAGGUGUAAGGCCUACCAUGUGUCGUAAAAUUCGUCAGAAAGUCAACGGGGAAUGGAGAUAUUUUCGUACUUGUGCUUAUAUGGGAGAACCAGGAAUUGAGGGGGAUGAGAGAUUUUGCCUUAUGAGAACAGGGACGUACAAUAUAUUUAUGGAAUAUUGCACUUGCAAUAGCAAAGAUGGCUGCAAUACAGCCUCGUACAAUCAUGGGAGCAUAUUUGCUUCAAUGAUAGGUUUAGCAAUUUCCUUAAGAUACGUACUUGUUUAUACUUAACAAUCUCAACCAAAGACUAUUGAUAGAUCUGAUUAGACAACGUCUAUUUAAACAUAUUUUUUUAUGAUAUAAAGAUUCGUUUGUACUUACUAAUUCUUCUUGACAAUUGUAUGAUGUGAACUUCAGGGAAGUAGCAUAUUUCACGUGAAAAUUAGACUGAUUAUUUCACAAAACUAUUUUAUACCAUUGACCGAUUCUUUUUUUAUAAGCAUUUUAAAGUGCCUCUUUGUGCCUUACUAGAAAGAUGAUAACAAUCAAGAUUUUUAAGACAUUUUUUAGUAAUUUUAGAAUAUUGCAGAUACAUUUUUAUCUUUUCUUAGAGCAUUGCAAUUUUUUAUAGAAAUAUAUUUUUAAUAAUUUUUAAUACAAACAUAUAUAUAUAUAUAUGCUAGUAUCAUACAUAUGUAUGCUUUAAUUUAGAUUACUUGCGUAGUACAAAAGAAAAAUAUAUUGAUCAAAUGUAUUGAAUUAACACUAAUAUUUAGCACAGUACAAGCAAUAUUGUAAAUUCCGUCCAUUAUCAAAUCAUAAACGUAAUGUUAGUAUAAAACGAUUGUGCUUCUUAUAUUUUUAUAUGCAUUUUCUACAAGUAUAAUUAAUUAUUAAAUAACAGAAAAGUAUGA